AGCUCAUUCUCCAUCUGUCACGGCCCAAAGAAACACAAUAAAAAACCAAAACCUUCAAUUCAUCCAUGGCCGACAAUUCUCACUCCAUUUCCCCAACUUAGAUGUUCACCAUUUCCCCUUCUCCUUCUACCUCAACCCACAUUCCCCUCGCCGACCAACUUCCCGAUGGAUCCAUGUCCUUUCGUCCGCCUAAUGGUAGACUCCCUCGCUCUCAACCUCCCUCAAGCAACCCGACCCGCCGGCGCCGCCGUUCACCCAUCCGCCACCCCCUGCUUCUGCAAGAUCUCCAUCAAGAAUUUCCCUUCCCAGACGGCGCUUCUUCCUCUUUCGUCUGUUUCCGGCGACUCUCCCCCUGACUCCGCCGCGUCAUCCGCCGGUUUCCAUCUCGACCCCUCGUCUCUCCGACGGCUUUCCGGUAAGCCAGUGGUGAUGUGUUUGUCCGUUUUCGCCGGGCGGAUGGGCCACACUUGUGGGGUUAAUUCCGGCAAGUUGUUGGGCCGGGUUCGGAUAACCGUCUCGAUCGACGGCGCUGAGAAUAAACCGAAAGUGUUCCAAAAUGGAUGGGUGAAAUUAGGGAAAGAUGAGGAUAAAAUUUCAGCUCGUCUUCAUUUGGUUGUCCGGUCUGAACCGGAUCCCCGGUUUGUAUUCCAAUUCGGCGGCGAACCGGAAUGUAGCCCGGUUGUUUUCCAGAUCCAAGGCAAUAUCCGACAGCCGGUUUUCAGUUGCAAGUUCAGUGCCGAUCGGAACUCGAGAACCCGGUCACUGCCAUCCGAUUUCAGCUUCAACAGCACCAAAGGGAAAUGGAUGAGAACUUUUUCAGGUGAGAGAGAGAAGCCAGGGAGAGAAAGAAAGGGUUGGAUGAUCAUGGUCUACGACCUCUCCGGCUCCCCAGUCGCCGCUGCCUCCAUGAUCACUCCCUUCGUCCCUUCCCCAGGCACCGAUCGUGUCUCCCGCUCUAACCCCGGCGCCUGGCUCAUCCUCCGUCCCCACGGUUUCUCCGUAAGUAGUUGGAAGCCAUGGGGCCGCCUCGAAGCAUGGCGUGAGCGGGGACCCAUAGAUGGCUUAGGUUACAAAUUUGAACUCGUCGCCGACUCUGGACUAGCCACCGGCAUUCCCAUUGCGGAAGCCACGAUGAGCGUAAAGAAAGGUGGCCAGUUUUGCAUUGACCGUAAAACCGUGAGAGAUUUUACUACAAACUCGAAAUCUACUGUUAAAGGUAGCUUUGUAAUGGCGUCGAGUGUGGAGGGAGAAGGGAAAGUGAGUAAGCCCAUCGUACAAGUUGGAGUUCAACACGUGACGUGCAUGGCGGAUGCUGCUUUAUUCGUGGCACUUUCAGCAGCAAUUGAUCUAAGCAUGGAUGCUUGUAGACAUUUUACACAAAAGCUAAGAAGAGAGCUUUGUCACGACGAACACGAUUCCAGUUUUCUCUAAAAUCUUACAAUAAAAAAAAUUUUGGAACAAUUUUUUCUUUGCAAUGAUAACCCAGUUAUCAUCUGAAUUACAACCGGAUUUGAGCAGAGAAACAAACGGUAUAUUUAUGUAAUAUUCAAUUCUUCAUUUUUUUCCCCAA